AUGAUAUUAAUUUCCUAAAUCACUUAUUUAGGGGAAUAUAAGAAUGGCAAGAAAUUAGGUUUAUGGGAGAUAUAGUAUGAAGCAGAGAGGAUGUAUUAAACUAUUAUGUAUAACUAAUUUAGUGGCGGUGGAUCAUAUGAUGAAUAAGGUGAUAUGAUUAAGAUUGGUAAAUGGAUAGAAUUGCACGAUCCUUUUACAGAUGCAUUUUAAAUUAUUUACGAAGGAGAGUUUAAACGUGGUUAAAAAGUUGGUACCUGGAUUUAGAAAAAAUACAGAUGA